UUCAUGAAGGGAGACCAAAUGAACCGAGGCAAAGAUCAGACAACCAAGAAGCACCAGGCUCACAAGGUAAUGGUUCUGCAGAACCAAAAUAACCGCGGUCGUCCUCUCCUAUAUAUGCAUGUAAAUGGUAUGUUGUGUACUUGUUUUUUAGAUACUGGUUCAGAAGUCACGAUUAUUAGCGAGUGUGUUAGCAAGAGGCUGAAUAUCCAUUCAAUUACACCAACUGGACGAACAUUCAAGGGUGCUUCCGGCGCCAUAUUUAGUGGUCAGGGAGAAACGAAUGUACAUUUUUGUAUAGACGACCUAGUACAGUGUACCCACCCAGUUGUAGUUUUCAAAGAUAUAUCAUUUCCAGGGGACGUGUUGCUAGGCAUAGAUUUCGUUCGCAGGUUUAACUUUCAGUUUGUUGCCAACCACACCCCACCUGGGAAUUACAUGUCUUUUGACGAUGUAAAGGUGCCCUUUUGGUUUUCUGAUCUCACCUCUCUAGGUAUUAGAACUAUAAAUUUAGCAUGUAAACCUCAGAAUGUAAUUGAACCCCAGUGUUCUGUAUUAUUAGUGACUCAAACCAUGAUCUGUCCACCCAAGUCGGGAUGUUUUGUGAAGACAAUGGUAUCCAGGGAAUUCACACACCCAUAUGGAUUUGUGCAAGGAAAGACUGCAAAGGUAUUGGUUCCCAGGACUGUAAUAGCAGUGAACAAUGAUAGUGCUUCUGUGUGGAUAAUUAAUGAUAAGACUCACCCAGUGACUUUGCAAAUGGGAAUGAAAUUGGCAAGUGUAUCAGAAAUCGAUAGUGUGUAUUCAUAUAAUGACUCUGUAAAUAUUCCAGGUGAUGCUGAGCAUAGUGAUAAGGUGGCAUGGGAGGACUUCACCGAUGAAUUUGAUGAACGCUAUGGUGUUGGUGACUUUGGUUAUUCACGUGGUGACUUUGAUAUCUUUCCACCGAUGGACCUAUCCGUACCCGACAGUGGAGAUUACCGGAAAGCGCACGUGAUACCAUACGACAAGAAUGUGAAACUAUGUUACGUGAUGGAAUAAUUGAGCCUUCUACUUCGCCGUG